AUUGACAGCUUAGAUGUAAAGGAAGGAUCCCACGUGUAAAACUAGAAGAAACAAGUCAGUCUGCUUGCUAACAUACGCACCCCAAUCCUUUGAGCUUCUUCACUGCCAUAAAUGCAGUAAAACUUCACCCUCCAUUAUUGGUUCCUUGUCUUACUCACGAGAAAUGCAGUGGCACUUGUUUCUUGAAUAGAUGUAGCUUUGCUCUUCAAAACCCAUAAUUUUGCUCUGUUUGGUUUCAUUGAGUUGACCCAGAAUGUUUGCAUUUUCAAGAAAAGGAAAGAAGCUUGGAAGAGUAAAAGUUCAGCUUUCAGACUCUGCUCAGGGCACGCGAAGUCCUAUUCGGCAUCCCAAACGCGUAACUAAUUCAAAUGGUGAUAAUUCUACAACCGCAAUCAACGAUUCUGACGAUAAUAACCUUUGUUCAUCCACUGCACCCGAGUUAGAAAAUUCGACAUCCGGAAAUAGUGAAGGAUGGAAAAAGAUUUCAACUACUGGAGAUAAACCUACACCUCGUUUCAAUCAUGCAGCAGCUGUAAUUGGAAAGAAAAUGAUUGUCGUUGGUGGUGAAUCGGGAAACGGGCUAUUAGAAGAUGUGCAAGUUCUGAAUUUUGAGAACUUUUCAUGGACCACAACUUCGUCAAGACUAUACCUUUCACCUUCAAGUCUUCAGUUAAAGAUUCCGGCAUGCAAGGGUCAUUGUUUGGUGCCUUGGGGGAAAAAGGUGCUUUUAAUUGGAGGGCGAACAGCCUCACCGAGUGACCGAGUAUCAGUGUGGGCAUUUGAUGUAGAAACAGAGUGUUGGUCACUUAUGGAAGCAAAAGGAGAAAUCCCGAUUGCACGCAGUGGUCACACUGCUGUUCGAGCAGGUACUUUAUUAAUUCUAUUCGGAGGUGAAGAUAUUAAGAGAAGAAAAUUAAAUGAUCUACAUAUGUUUGAUCUUAAAACACUCACAUGGCUUCCUCUUCAUUGCCAGGGAACUGGACCUUCUGCAAGAUGUAACCACGUGGCAGCUCUUUAUGACGAUAAAUUGCUUCUAGUAUUUGGAGGAACUUCAAAGUCAAAAUCUUUGAAUGAUUUGUACUCCCUUGACUUUGAGACGAUGAUGUGGUCAAGAAUUAAAAUACGCGGUUUCCAUCCAUCGCCUCGAGCUGGUUGUUGUGGAGUAUUGUGUGGGACAAAGUGGUAUAUCGCAGGCGGUGGCAGCAGAAAAAAACGGCAUGCGGAGAUAUUAGUUUUUGAUAUUUUAAAACGAGAGUGGUCUAUUGUCCACACGUCAUCUCAACAGUCUAUCGCAACCAACAAGGGCUUUAGCCUCGUGCUUCUACAAGAAAAGGAAACAGAUUAUUUGGUUGCAUUUGGCGGUCUAAAGAAGGAGCCGUCAGACCAGGUUGAAGUGUUAGUGAUGGAAAAGAACGAAUCAUCUAUGAGUCGAAGAAUGACAUUGCCAUCUGAAAAACGCGUUUCAUCUAUGGGACCCACAGUUGGUUCAGUUGGCAGCUUCGGGAGACAAAAUCUAGCAUCGGUAAUAGAACAUCAUGGUUCGGGUAGGAAAUCGUUGUCCGAAACUUUGCUAGUUUCACUAAGGAAACUACAAGUUGACGAUGAUGCAGCAAUGAAAUCAGCAAGAAGUUUCGAAGAUGAACGAAAACCGUCAGCUGAAGAAACUCCUUCCAUGGUGGAACCCGAAAACACAGAAAAAGACGAAAAAGACCGAAAUGACGAUAACGUCUCAUUCCAAGAAACCGAUGGGAAAUCAGGGUUUUUUACAGGUUCUUCAAGUAUAUACCAGUCAUAUGAAAUCCAAAUGGCGGCUUUAAUACGAAAAAACGGGAUUCUCGAAGGACAAUUAGCAGCUGCAUUGGCGGGCCGGGAAGCUGCAGAGAAAAAUCUUUCCUCGGUUAUAAAAAGCCGACAAGAAGUCGAAAAUCGAUUAAAUGACACUUUAAAAGACAUGGAGUUGAUGAAAGAGAAAUUAGUUUUGGUAGAAAUGGCACAAGAAGAAGCAAAUAGUUUGUCGAAUAUUGUACAUUCUGAUCAUGUGAGGCUUGAGCAUGAUGUUGCUUUUUUAAAGGCAGUUUUGGAUGAUACACAAAAGGAAUUACAUUCAACCAGAGGAGUCCUCUCAGGGGAAAGAGCAAGGGCAUUUCAGCUACAGGUUGAAGUUUUCCAUUUGAAGCAAAGAUUGCAGUCAAUGGAGAAUAGAACAUCAACUCCUAGAAAACCAUAUCAUGGAUGAUUUUAUUCUUAAAACACAACUAUGGUUUUGUAAGAUCUUGAUGUAAAUCUCCACUUGUAAUUGACCCAAACAUCAAAUUUGAAGGUAGUAUUUAUGUUAUGUAUUUUGUAAUUGUUAUUGUUGGAACACGAUGUAAAUCUCCAUUCUCCACUUGCAAUCUAUUGUUGGACGUCCAUUGUGCUUC